UUGACUGAGUGAACUUUCUUGGAAGGAUUGUGCUGCUGUGCACAACACUGCCUCUGGAGAAUCGCUAAAAUCUAACACCAAGGGAAUCAUCCUCGAUUAAGUAAUGGAAUUCGUUGCCGAAACAGAAUCGUCGUAGCCGGAGGAGUCAGAGAAACCGAUUUUUGAAGCUUCUUGUUGCUGCCUGGAUCGAGUUCUUAUCUGCAGAGCAAAAUCGUUGAAACACACGUCAUGUCUACAUGGAGAGAUAGUAUCAAAAAAGCUCAGGAAUGGCUAAUUGAAGGAGUUGCUUCCAGAUUUGGGGAGAAAAUUGCUGAUGCUUUGGUAAACAAAGGUGGAAGCAUAUACGAAUUUCACGCCAAAUUGGAAGAUCUGGAAAGAAAUUCAAAGAGAUUAGAAAAUUCAGCAUACGACAUAAAGACAGUAUUGGAGGUGGAAGAGCUAAGAGGAAGGAGAAAAAGGAAAAGAGAAGUAGACGAAUGGUUGAAGGAUGAAGCCGAAAUUCGACAAAGCAUUCGUGAUUUGCAAAAUGUAGUGCAAGAACAAGGACAUAUGAGCCGUUUUCAUUGCGCCGAUCGCUUAGGAAAGCUGAACAAAAGAGUUACAGAUCACAUCAAGCAGAGUAACCAUUUCGGCAAGCUUGUUCUUGAUGAUCAUGAAAUAAGGGGUGAGAAGCUUUUACCUGGUAGAAUGUAUGGCGCGGCAUUUCAAAGAAACUUGGAUCGAAUAUUCACAGCCAUAACCAACAACAUCAACAUUAUUGGUAUUUACGGCGCGCCAGGAGGAGGGAAGACGGCGUUGGCAAUGCAUAUCAACAACAAGCUUCUUGAAGAAACUCAAGAUCGUGUAUAUUGGAUCGAAGUCUCUGAAAACUCCGACAUAAAGAAGUUGCAGGAUGACAUAGCGCAAGCAUUAGGCACAACGCUUUCAGGCGAGAAUAACUUGGAAAAAAGGGUGGCCCGACUGCACCAUGAGCUAAAACGAAGGAGGAACUUUGUGAUGAUAUUGGACAACUUAAGGGAAGCCGUAGAUUUACAAAAUGUCGAAUGUAUGUUUCAGGGAGACGGGUGUCGACUGAUUGUAACAACUUCUUCAUUGAGAGUGUGUCGGCGCAUUGGUUGCCAAGAAAUUUUGGAAGUGAAAAUGGAGGAGGACGAGGCGUGGGAUAUUUUUGAAGAGGCGUAUGGGCAAGGCGCGGUAUUUCCUCUGCAACAUGAGGAUUUCCUCAGGUUGGAAGUGAAUAAGAGGUGUGGUUUUCCUCAAAAGAUCGUCGAGUAUGUUAGGAAAAUGAAGCUUUUGGAGGUGUCCCCCGACAGCGCGGAGUGGCAACAUCAGAUGGCGGAGCUUGAGGCAUUUCUUUGAAGGCGGGGAGGUGAUUUUUGUCGAGUCGAAUGCAGGUUUGUCUUCAACCUUGCUUGAUGUUGUGUUCAUAGUGUUUUUCUUUUGACAUUGUGUUGUGUCUGAACAUUUGAAUUUGUAGAUUACCACAUGGUCAUAACUUAUGAUAUGUAGUUAUGUCUGUGCUUAAUUUGAAUCUUUAGUAGUUCGCUAACCAAGUUUAACUUGACUCGUUAGCAGGUCAAUUCGACUCGUUUAGAGAAAUAAACGAGACGAUCUUGAACUCAAAAAUUAUUGUUCUUAUAAAUGAGUUGGGUUCGAACUCCCGUUCGCCAA